CAGCGAUGCCUUCAACAUAAUUCUAAAAGCAAAUAACGAAUGAUAACUCUUACCCAGACAGCAUACAAUACGAGUAUAAGCUGUUUAAUGUAACUUCUUUAAUUAAUUUAAAUAAUUGCUAAAGUUUAAAGUAAUAAUCACACCAAGCGACCAAUAAUCGAACUAAAAUGGGUAACUUAAAGUAGAAAAAAAUCUGGAUAUUUACUUUAUCUCGAAGCAUGACGUAUGUUGUAUAUACAUACGCAUUCACCGUCAUCUCUUUCGUGUUUGAAGUUAGGCGCGCAUGUGACGCUCUCGGCUCUCGGCACAAACGCGCCUAACUUCAGGCACAUGCAACGAACACAACAGCGACGCGACAGUCGACAAUCGUCUUUGUUUACUAUUCUUGUUUCUAUCUACUAUUCGCUUUCAUAAUUAUAAUUAUAAUUAUAGCGAUUAUAAUUGUUGCCAACAAUUACUCCGUAUGAAUCUGAUACGCGUGUGUUAAUCGGCGUUAAUUUGCAGUCUGAAGAAAGAGAAACAAAUAAAUGUAUGUGUAUAUUUACUAUUUUGAAAGUGCAUGACGCAUUGUCAAAACAACUAGGUGUGCUAAAUUUUUUUACAACUUAAGAAAUUGCGUUUCAAAAAAACAUAGAUAUAAUUAUGUAGAAAAUAACUCAAGUAUAGCAAUUAAACUGGCGUCGAAUGACAUCUUAACCCUCUGCAGACAACUCUGUUUUUCCACUGUUUAGUCAGACUACUUGGGUCACUGGCAAAUGGCUGUGUAUUUUUUUAAGAGUUUUUGGACUCUAAAAAAUCUGAAAAAAUUCUGAUAUAUUUUAAUACUUAGGAAUAUGACUAUACAAUUAUAUGAUUUAAAAUGGUUCUUAUUAUAAAGAUGUCUGAGGUAAUAAGGUUUACAAAAUUGAAAACAACAACAAACCCAACAUUCUGGGCAAAAUUUGCAGAAUUAAAAAUAGACAAAUUGAAACUAGAUGAGAAAUCCAAGAUACAUUUAUGGGGAAGUUUUUCGCUUCAACCGAUGGAUGAGGGAAGAACUAAUCCAUUAACGCUCGAUUGUACAUCAUUUAAUGAAAAUCUGGAGACAACUUCUCACAAUGACGGCGUAGCUUGUUAUGGGUAUAUGAUUAACAUGAAUACCUAUGAGGCAUUUAGACAGAUUAAUCCUGAGAAGUUUAUUGAUGCUAUGGGCAGAUGUAUUGUCGAUAGUAUCAGAGACGGCACAGCUCUACAGGAGCCCUGGCGGCUGUCCAUGUUCUUAACAUUUGCAUACUCAGAUCUCAAGAAGUAUAAGUUUCAUUAUUGGGUUGCACAUCCAGCUCCUUUCUCAUUACCGGAAAUUUUGUCGAUCGCACCGACGAAAUUUGUUUCCGGCGAAUUGACAUCCAGUCAAGUAGAUAAAUUACACACAAGCUUUCUUCAGUUGGAUGCAAGAUCGAGAAACUUUUUUACAGUUUUUGUUUCUGGAAAGGAUGAUUUAAAUGUUGAUAAUUUAUCGAAGGGAGUGGAAUAUAUGAAAUUAAGCGUUAGCGAUAAGGGAGAUUCACAGCAGGCAAAGAAUGAGGUCUACUUUGCAUUUUAUGAUCCUUGUGUAAGUGCAGAACCUGGAUGGCCCUUGCGAAACCUUCUGUGCCUAUUAUUGUGGCAUUGCCCUGCAUACUGCUUUACACACGAUAUCAAAGUUUUGUCUAUAAGAAGUGAUAAAGUGCAAACUGCAGUUAUAUUUACACUAAGAAUCAAAACAGAUAAAGACGUGGAAGCUAUGAAAGAAACAAUUUUUGAAGGGCAUUUAGUAGGAUGGGAAGUUAACGUAAACGGGAAAAUGGGUCCUAAUAUUGCAGAUUUAUCUAACAUCAUGGAUCCUAUUAAACUAUCAGACAGAGCGAUCAAUUUAAAUCUGAAAUUGAUGAAAUGGCGCCUUGUCCCUGAUCUAGAUUUGGAAAAGAUCAGUGGUCUACGAUGCCUUCUAUUGGGUGCCGGUACACUCGGAUGUUCCGUGGCGAGAGUACUUCUUGGUUGGGGUAUUAAUAAUAUGACCCUCGUAGAUAAUUCUACUGUAUCUCAUAGCAAUACAGUGCGCCAGAGUCUGUAUACGCAUGAGGACGCGGUGCAACGUCGGCAUAAAGUGCACGCCGCAAAAGACGCUUUACUCAGAAUACGCCCUAGCAUGAAUGUGGAAGGUGUGAUUUUGCAUAUUCCUAUGCCCGGCCAUGUAGUCGGCCCAAGUAUGAUGGAAUCGACUAGGGAGGCUGUAAGCAAGUUGCAAGAACUCGUGAAUAGUCACGACGUAGUGUUCUUGCUUUUGGAUUCGCGUGAGGCGAGAUGGUUGCCGACCCUGUUGUGCGCCGCAACGAAUAAAAUAGCUAUCAACGCUGCUUUAGGUUUUGAUUCGUACACAGUACAACGGCACGGCACGCGCGAUACUCUUUCUAAUUCCAUUUCGCCGAAUUUAACAGUGCAGAAUCCCGCAGGGCAUGAUCUCGGAUGUUACUUCUGCAACGAUGUAACGCAACCUGGAAACUCACAAACUGAUAGAACGCUCGAUCAGCAAUGUACUGUAAGUCGACCGGGUUUGUCGCAAAUUGCCGCUGGUUUGGCAGUCGAAUUACUCAUGGCGGUAACGCAACAUUCUCAAGGAAUUUUAGCUAGAGCCCUUAUGAGUAACGAUAGAGACGAUUGUCGAGAGGAUGUCGAUAAUCCGUUAAUAGGAUUAUUAGGUGGUGUACCGCAUACCAUACGGGGCUCGCUUUGGGGCCACGAAAUGAAACUGACUGUUACACACAGAUCCCCAUUUUGUACAGCUUGCUCAACGCCUUUGAUCAAGGAGUACCGACAGCGCGAUUUUGCUUUUGUGCUCGACGCUUGCAAUAUGCCAAAUUAUCUUGAAAAAUUAUCAGGACUCGAAGAAGUAUUGAAAAAACCAGAUUUGGAUGAGUUAUGUUAUACAAUGGACACUUCGAGCGAGGAUGAACAAUCGUGAAGAAGCAGCGAUUUAAACAGUGCAGACAAAACGAUAAAAUGCGUACAAAAAGAAAAUAUAUUAAUUUUAGAUAUAAGCUAUUUGCAUGAUUUUUUAUAUAAAUAAAUAUACAUAUAUGUAUAACAUUUUAUGCGGAAUAUGUCAUUUUAAAGAAGAAGAGCACAUUCAAAUUAAUCAAAGUUACAGUUUAUAGAAUCAAAAGUUUUAGCAAAAAUUGUUGAUACAAGAGAUAUAUACAUAUAUAAACAAUGAAAGUUCUUGUGCUUUUACUUCUUCAGUUCCGCAUAAUUAUCCAUGUUGCAUAUUUUAUUGAAAGUUAACAUGUAUUAUGUAUAUCUGUGAUUUAUAAUUUUACUAUUAUUACUGAGAUUUAUCUAACAUUGUAAAUUUUAUACCGUGAGUGAUAUCAUAUUUUUAUUAUAGAACAUUAGAAUGUUUUAUUGCUCCUGUAUAAAUACUUAAUUUUUUUUAUUUUGUAAUUGCCAAAAGAUAUAAUAUGUGCAGAUCUAUAUUUCAAUAUAGAAUCAUAUUGCAAUCAUGUGAGUUAUCACUAGAAAAUAAUGAAUUUUAAUUAAUGUCAUUUGAGCUAUAAAUAUAUAUCUACAUUGUUGUGCAAAAAAACUUCCAUUGAUUUUCUGUAUCACGUUUGCAUAUUUCAUAACAAAAAUGUACCUUUGAGCUGUUAAUUUUAAAUAAUGAUAGAGAUUAAAUUUUUAAGUAUA